UCGGCGUCGCCGGGAGCCGCACUGGGCAUGCUCGGCUCUUGCCGGCUCCGGCGCCCGUAGGUGGAAAGCUCCGAUUCCCCGCGGCAGGGCUCGCAGCCCGCAUCCAGAAGCAGCGCGGGCGGAGGAGGUUGGUACGCGCUGAGUGCUGCAGACCUAUUCGGGUGGCCAUGGCGAGCGGCGCACGGCGACCACCGGGGUGGCGCAGCGGUGUCAGAUUCUUGAUCAAGUACUUACUCCAUGGAUCCAGGACAGGUUCGUCCCAUGGCCUGCUCUGAACAGUGUACAGUCUAAGAGAAGAGUCCAUCAGCAAACCAUCUCUUGCCUUACAGAGCAAGCCAAGAAGAUGGACCUACUGAAGAACCAUCCGACUGUGUGCUUACCACCUUCUGUGCCCUUCUUAAUCCUAGUCUCCACUCUAGCAACUGCUAAGAGUGUCGCCAACAGCACUUUCAAUGGCACGGACGUAGUCUUGGGCUCUGUGCCUGUAAUCGUUGCCAAAACUGACCACAUCAUAGUCAAGGAGGGGAGCAGUGCCUUGAUUAACUGCAGUGUUCAUGGCGUCCCCGACCUAGGAUUUAAGUGGUAUAAUUCUGUUGGCAAGCUAUUGAGAGAAGGUGAUGAUGACAAGGAGAAAGGAGGAGGCAAAAUACAUGGAAAUUACGAAGUAUAUUCUGUGCAGGGAAAAUGGCAAAUGCUGGAUGGUGGCCUCCUGAACAUCACCAAGGUGUCUUUCUCAGACAGAGGGAAGUACACGUGUGUGGCGUCUAACAUCUAUGGCACUGUAAACAACACGGUGACCCUGAGAGUCAUCUUUACCUCCGGAGACAUGGGUGUGUACUACAUGGUCGUGUGCCUCGUGGCCUUCACCAUUGUCAUGAUCCUCAACAUCACCCGCCUGUGUAUGAUGAGCAGUCACCUGAAGAAGACUGAGAAAGCCAUCAAUGAGUUCUUUAGGACAGAAGGCGCCGAGAAGCUGCAGAAGGCGUUUGAGAUUGCCAAGCGCAUCCCCAUUAUCACCUCAGCUAAAACUCUAGAGCUUGCCAAAGUGACCCAGUUCAAAACCAUGGAAUUUGCCCGGUACAUCGAAGAGCUUGCCAGAAGCGUGCCCUUGCCUCCCCUCAUCAUGAACUGCAGGACGAUCAUGGAGGAGAUCAUGGAAGUGGUCGGGCUAGAGGAGCAGGGGCAGAAUUUUGUGAGGCAUACCCCGGAAGGCCAGGAAGCCACAGACAGGGAUGAGGUAUACACAAUCCCCAACUCCCUGAAGCGAAGCGACUCCCCCACCGCCGACUCGGACGCUUCGUCGCUGCCGGAACAGCCCCCUCAGCAGAUCGCCAUCAAGGUUUCGGUUCAUCCCCAGGCCAGAAAGGAUCAUGUGGAUGACCAGGAGGGUGGGCAGUUUGAGGUCAGAGAUGAAGAGGAGACGGAACCAUCCGAGGAACAUUCCCCAGAGACUGCGGAGCCGUCUACAGACAUAACGACCACGGAGCUGACGUCAGAAGAGGCAUCGCCUGUCGAGGCACCAGAGCGAGGGCUGCCACCAGCACACCUGGAAAUGCCAGAACCAGCAGUGACAUGUGACAAAAACACCUGCAUUGUUUAUGAAAGCCAUGUCUAAUCUUAACUCCGAAAAGCUAUGCAUAUCCAGAAAAUCAGGGGCUGCUCCUUGUAAUACAAAUGUAGUAUGCACUUGCCGCUAAGCCUUACCAGGAGACUCUCAUCCCUUAGGUUGGAGUGAUGCCCCGUGACGGGGAAGACACUUGCAUGGAGUUCGUGGGACUAGACUCACCCCAGUGGGAACAGACGUGAGAAGUGCUGGGGUCCAGAACUGAUCCGAGGGGGCAGAGGUCUGUCCAUGGGAUCUGAAUCGUAGAGGCCAUUCUCUGCCCAAUCCCUUAAUUGGUGAUUCCCUUUUGGCCAAGAGUACACCAUUGUAAGAUGUUCUGAGUUCAGGAACCGUGUCCAAUGCCUACUGCAUUGCUUUUUUUUCCGUAAUUAUAAGUCUGUCACAGUAGUAAUUGUUCCUACAUGGGUUUGUUGCACUUUCUUCUCUGUUUUAUUUAUUUUCACAGUUCUUCUAUAAUGGAGUAGUUGUUAUUAUAUUAAUAUUAAUUGCUUUCUGCUGGAGACUUCUGUGUCACCUUUAUCCCUGUUUUUUCUUAGUGUGUUUACCUCAGAGUCUUGGGUGUCAGUCACUGACAUGGCUGCUCUGUGUUAUUUGUAAUGCUCCAAAGUAGUUACGCCCCACUCUUUCUCCUAAUUUCCUCUUUAAAAAAAAAUACCCCCCACCUCUAUUCAUACUCAUUUUGUUUCCAAUGAAGCUGCUAUUCUGAAACUGAGAAAAACGUUGCCCCCAAGUAGCACUUUAACAGUCAAAUUUACCUGUCCAGUUCUGAGAGCAGCUUAGGUGAGCUCAGCUUGAGGUGAGGAGCAAAAUUGUAAAUGAUUAGAUAUACCCACAGCACUCCAGAGAAUGGCUUACACGCAAGUGCCCUCAGAACAGCCCCAGAUGCUUGUCACCACCCAGCCCCAUCAGAGGAAACGGCUUUGGACAGCCCGGUUCUUACCAGGAACGUCAUCAUUUUCAUUUGAUUGUGAGUAGAAUAUGCAGGUGACCCCUCAAAGCUCACUUAGAGUUUUGUGGAAAGUCUUCAAACUGUAAUAACCCCUAAGUCAAUGGGAACCUAGAGAGGAAAGAAAAAAAUCUUUAAAGCAGUUGUGAAAAAAAAAAAAGCAAAAAGAAAAUUUACUCUUGGGUUCUUUCUCUGAAUAUGAUGCCAUCAAAAAAGAACAGCAUUCUGAGUCCAUACCACUUUACUCUCUCUUGCAGAGAGGGAAACCAAGGUCCAGAUUUGCUAAAAAGCCUGGCAAAAGAAGACAGGGUCUUCACCUGGAAGAUUCAUUGCUUCCUAAGGCAGAGGCGUUUGGCAAAUCCCUGUAGGUACAGCAUGUCUGCUACCCAGAAGGCCUUGCAGGGCCGAUAGUGUGCAGCUCAGCUCUGCACUAGAUUUAGGGCAGCAUCUCUGUAAAGGGUACAACCGGGUCCCCUUUAGACUGCAUACUCAAUGUAUUGAUCAUUGAGAGGGAGCUUGCGAAAUUAAGAUAAUGACACACAGGAUUUUAUCCUAAAAUAAUUGAAUUCUUUGGCCACCAUGUAGUGCAUAAGGCAGCUUGAUAUCAGAGAACAAAGGCAAUCCAGCCAAGCAUCCAACCCAAGCAAUCCAACCUAAGAAUUGGGUUAAUUCUUGACUGUGCCGAGCAGAAGCUGCCAGUCUUUUUAGCAAAUCUGGACCUUGGUUGCCCUCUCUGCAAGAGAGGUGAACUGGUAUGAACUCAAAAUGCUGUUCUUUUUUUUUGAUGGCAUUAUAUUCAGAGAAAGAACCCAACAUUAAAACUUUUUUUUUUCACAGUUGUUUUAAAGAUUUUUCCUUUCCUCUCUGGGCUCCCGUGCCAUUUUAAUGCUGUUACUCAAACAAAAGGAACACGGCAUUUUCAACAAGUUCUCGAAUUUUUCCCUUCCAAAAACUAGAUUUUGUGCCCCACUUCUACAGUUUAGAUUUAAUCUUGGUAAGAGCGAUGAGUGCUGUUGUUUUAUUCAUAGAUACAAACAGGGGAGACUGAAACCUUACAGACUGUAUCAGAGUCGAGGCCAUCUUAAGUGUGAUGAGUGUCACAGGCUUGUGACGUCAGAGGCUGCGUGGGUUAUCAGAACAGCCCCAGAUGCUUGUCACUACCCCAGCCUCAUCAGAGGAAAUGGCCUUGGACAGCCCUGUUCUUAUCAGGAACGUCAUCAUUUUCAUGUGAUUGUGAAUAAAAUAUGCAGGUGACCCCUCGAAGCUCACUUAGAAUUUUGUGGAAAGUCUUCAAACUGUAAUAACCCCUAACUCAAUUGGGAACAGCUUGUGGGGUACAUACUUUACAACAGGGGCAUCCGAGGGUAGUAGAGUUGGCAGUACAUGUGACCGUGACAGGGCUGUAGACAGUUCAUGUGCAAAGCCUUUUGACAACAUUUGGAGUUUGGCAGGAUUCCCCUUUAAGAGGGAUUCCUUGUUGACUUCUAGUGAAGAGUCUUGAAGGUCACCUAAGGAAACUUGUAGCCUGCUCUCAUAAGGAGCCAGAGCUUCUUUGGAGGCUGUCUGGAUGGGGAUCUUAUAUAGCCACGUUGAAGGAAAGUUUUAUCCCCAGCUCCUAGAAUAUACACAUUUCAUGAUUGUCAUGGAGACGGACAAAUGCUUACUUUGGACAUAUAUACCCAGAGCGGCAGCAGAGACUGACUGGCAGAUGUCCUCUGAUGGUAUGUGAACUCCAUUCUAUCCAGUUCUCAUUCCACCCAAGCCCGCGUGCAGAGUUCCCCAUGGAAACCGGAAGCCGAGAUAUCCGUGCCAUGUAAAUACUGGUUAAGGAGUAUAAACUAAAGUAGGCAGAUUUUUCUUUGGCGUAAGAGCUGAAAUAUAUGACCAAAGAAUAUUUCCAGAUUGAUUUUGAUUCUUUGGACUGAAGUGGGGUAGGGAGUAAGUGGAUGAUUUUGAAAUCUCCCUCUUUAAGGUAUCAAAUGUUCUCGGCAUAACAAUAUCCAACCAUAAAGGGAACUUGGCUUGAUAUGGAAUUUGUCCAUCCAGAAAUUUUAUGCUCUUGCUGCCCUUCCACAGAGCAGCCUCUUACUAGGAUAUGAAAUAUGGAAACCUCAUCUCAACAUUUGGCUGAUAGUUUCCCAGAAAAAUGAACCAUUCAGGUUCCUAGAAUCAUUUGUGGAGUCCCAUUGGGUAAACAUGCACACACACGCUUGUGCACAAUACUCAUUUGGGUAGCUUUAAAAGCUCAACACUCAGACCCAACCUAUGUAUGUCCUCUGGGUCUUCUAUAGUCAUUCUUUAAAAAAUAAAAAUCAAACAAUUUCUGGUUUCUGAGUCAUCCUGGUCAUACCUCUAGCAAUUUUUUUUCUUGAAAUUCUGAAAAUGAUUCACGUACAUAUGCAUAUUUAAUUCUCUUAGAUGAUCUAUAAACUUGAUGGUAUUUAUUCUAAAUGGGAAAAAUACCCAAAAUUUUAUAUUGGAAAAAAAUCUAUGUAAUUUAUAAUGUUUUGUUUUAUAUAUUUAUAUUUUCAUAUCUUUAGGGCACAUCUGUUGUUCUCAUCUUUUUGUACAUCACAGUUGGCAAAAAGAAAUGCUAAUACUUGACUAAAAUCUCUAGGAACCAAAUGUGAUCUAUGUGAUACAUAAUGUAUAUAACUUGCUCUAGAACUCUCUGAAUGUCCUCACCCAUGCCAAGCAUUGUUGUGUCAUGUCAUUAUGGCCAGAAUGUCUGGGGUGCUCUUGAACAUUACUUUUUCACGAGGAAGAUGGAAAGGCCUGAUGUCCUACACAAUGGAUUUGGGGAUCUCUUUCCCUUCCUUAUUUGUUUCUUCCUUAACUGGACGCGUCCUGCUGACGGGCAGGUGGGAGAUGAUGAGAAAGCACCAGGAAUGAAUCUGGCGAUGGUUGGGUAAACCGUGUUAACAGACUGAGGACAUGUGUUCAGUCCCAUGCCCGGGUUGUCAUUCACUGGUGAUGUAGCAUCUGCUUAACUCUGUUGCACACACAGCGUAGGGCAUGAAGAAUGCUUGCAUGUUUUGAGUAGGUACUGUGGAUACUUAGUGCGGCCACUAUUGGUGACUGUGGGGACACCCAUUGGGCACUGGAAGAAAUGUCUUAGCAAAACAAGUCAGUUAUCUUUUGACAGGGUUUGAAGGAGGAGGCUUAUUCUGUGUUCGAACCUAUAAAUGGUAGUCCCAGUGCUUAAAUGGGGAUUUCCAUGUUUUCAUUUGGUAAGAAAUGGAGCAUUAAAGUCUAGUUCAAACGCUUUUCUCAGCACGUUCAACUGCUCUCUCUCCUUCAUGUCUUCCUGCAUCCUCUCACCAACCCCACUGAGUAAUCCCUGUUUCCACUUUAGCACUUCCUGGAACUCCUUAAACAGCAACCAAUCUUCAUGAUCUAUCACACAUAGCUCUGAACAUAUUCACUUUACCAUAUCGAUUUUACAUUUCACCGAAAAAGCCUUCAAACCUAUAGUGAAGUUCAUUUUCUUAAUGACCUUUUUAUGAUUUCUUCAGAGAUUAACAGGUUUUGAUGAAACAAAACAUUUGUGGGUUAAAAAAAAGCAUAAUCAAAUAGAACAGAAUUACUUAUAUUUUCCAAAAGACCAAGUGUUUGACUAUUAUCAAAAAAAAAAUCUCAUAUGAGAAGGAUGCUCUUUAAACAUCUUUUUUCCCUUAGAAAUGGAAUAUAAAGGGUCUAACACUGAGAAUACUACAAUCAUUAAAGCUAGACAGAUAGAACUAGAAAGGAAGCUAAUCCUAUGAACAUUAUGGAAUAAAUUAAUUUUAUUAUUUAGCCAAUUAAAAAAGCCUCAAAAUGCAUCUUUCUAAUAUUACAGAACCAUGACGAGUGAGUGAGUUUCAGAGAAUAUGUUUGCAUCUAUUUUUGUCUUCCUGUUGCUUCACUACUUCGAAAGUUCCUUCGUCAGAGUGGAAAUGAAAUGGAAAAAUGUAUCAGGAGGAAAUACAAAAUCAUUUAAAGAUAUAAACAAAUUGCUAAGGUAUACAUUGAUAUCGCUGUAGUAAAAAGAAAACGUGAUGUGUGGUCCAUCCUGUAGUCUGAUUGAUUGUUGCUUUAAUAAAGGGUUUACACAGGUAUGUGCAUCAUGUGUCAUGUCCCGUCUGAAGGGCACUUAAUUGUGGCCUAAUUGACCCCUUAGUGCUUUCGUGACAAACUUUAUAAAGCAGUUUAUCUAUACUGUAUAAAUUCGAGCCAUAACAUCAAGCAGAGAGUCCUUCUGAAAUUGGACUAGGAAACCCAAACAUUGCGCAGGAAGAAUGCAUCAUAGCAGAAAUUCUCCAAGUCACCUGGACAGCAAGGGCCCCAGGCUGACGCCAAAGACUCAGUGAGUAGAUUCUUCAGUGAUCAAGUAACCUGCAGAAGCUCAGAUCCCUGUGGAUGAGAUGGGAGGCAAGUAAAAUAGGAGACUGAAAUAUUGCUUGAACAACAGAAACAUUUAGGAGAUUUAUGUCGGUGUUAAGGAGCACAUUGUCAGCUGCACCAAGACAGGAGAGAAAUAAGUUGGUCCUGAUAAAUUUAAACUAAUUUGUUGCUUAAAGACCCAAACAGACACCAAAACCAUUGCUUUUUUCAGGUUCUAGAAUGCUGUGAUCUUCAGUGGACAGGUCACCUUCAGAGUGUGUGAGUGACUUUCAAAGAAACAGAAUUUGAGACGUGGAAAGCGAGAGUGAGGUUAUCUGAUAAAUAGUCUUCCCUCUGACGUCACUAACAGGCAGACACUUUUGCUCUUCUUGGACUUACAAAGGGAGAACUCUACCCCAGGAUGUGAAAUACUCUGCUGUGAAUAGGUUUAGGUGCUGAGUCACAAAUCUUAAAUGCUUGUCUCUGCUAACCCUUUGAACGGGAAGCAUGGCUUGGUCCUUCUGUGAUAAAACUGUCUUCUAUACUGUCAACACAAACCAAAUGUAAUGCACAUAACACAUAACAUAUAACACAGAGGAUUAUAACAAAAGACUGGGUACUUCUGACUUGAUUGCAUUAGCUGUGUCAAGUGGAGAAUGAGUGAGGGGAAUGGCUUUUGUCAAAAAGAGUGUUUCUCGCACUAUGAUGGCACAGGCUAGCUAUGGGUUUUUGAUCCUACUGCAUGUACUGGCUUGGUGGGAGCCUAGGCAGUUUGGAUGCUCACCUUAA